AACAGCUGAUUUUUGUUUUGCGACUACGUAGCCAGAACCGCAAAUCGCACUCGUUGCUUCCGCUGGCUAUGUGGACUUGACAAUGCUCAUAAUCUAAUUAGGGACGCAUGGAUUGCACGCAAAGCAUUUAUUGAAAUAUGCAAAAAGUUUGUAAAAGCGUGUACAUCAUCGGCACUCUGUGUAUCCUACUCAGCUUCGCCACACAGCUAGUCGGGCAAAAGCAUUAUUCGCGUACACGCAAAUUGGAGUUGCGGGAGGAUGUUCGGCGCAUGUUUCAGCAUGCAUACGAUGGCUAUCUUAAAUAUGCCGGCAACUAUGAUGAGCUGCGCCCACUCACCUGCGAUGGCCACGAUACUUGGGGCAGCUAUUCUCUGACGCUGAUCGACGCACUGGACACGCUGGCCACCAUGGGAAACUUUACGGAGUUUCGUCGCGUCCAUACGCUGCUCAUCGAAAAGAUGAACUUCAACAAGGACAUCAAUGUGUCGGUGUUCGAGACGAACAUUCGCAUUGUUGGCGGCCUGCUAUCGGCGCAUCUUCUGUCGCGUCGCGCUGGUGUCGAUGUGGAGCCAGGCUGGCCCUGCACCGGGCCGCUCUUGCGCAUGGCCGAGGAUGUGGCCCGGCGACUGUUGCCAGCCUUCGAUACCAGCACGGGCAUGCCCUAUGGCACGGUCAACCUACGCUACGGCGUGCCCAAUGGAGAGACGUCGGUCACGUGUACGGCAGGUGUGGGCACCUUUUUAAUUGAGUUCGGAACCCUGAGCCGGCUAACUGGCAAGAGCAUAUACGAGGAAGUGGCCCUACAAGCGAUAUAUGCGCUCUGGGAGCGACGGUCGCCGAUCGGACUGUUCGGCAAUCAUAUAGACGUGCAGAGUGGCCGUUGGACGGCACUGGACUCGGGCAUUGGCGCCGGCGUCGAUUCCCUGUUCGAGUAUCUGGUCAAGGGUGCCAUUUUAUUGAAUCGCCCUGAAUUGCUGGAGCUGUUCGCCGAGGCCCGGACGCCCAUUGACAAGUACAUGAGAAAGGAUGAUUGGUACGUGUGGGUGGGCAUGAACAAGGGCCAGGUAACGCUGCCCGUCUUCCAAUCGCUCGAAUCCUUCUGGCCGGGCAUACUGAGCAUUGUGGGCGACACGGAGCCCGCCAUGCGUACAAUGACACGCUAUAUUAGCGUGUGGAAGAAGUAUGGCUUUCUGCCAGAGUUCUUUAACAUUCCAGCCGGCGAAGCGGCGGCCAAUCGCGAGGUCUACCCCCUGCGGCCGGAGCUCAUCGAGUCGGCCAUGUACUUGUACCGUGCAACCAAAAAUCAAUAUCUGCUCGAACUGGGCGAACACAUGUUGGAGACGAUUGAAUUCAGUGCCAAAACCAAGUGCGGCUAUGCGACGAUACGGAACGUGGUCACCCACGAGAAGGAGAACCGCAUGGAGUCCUUCUUUCUGGCCGAGACCACCAAGUAUCUGUAUCUGUUGUUCGACGAGGACAACUUUCUGCACAACGAUGGCGAGGAUCGGCAUGGCGAGCUGUUCGACACGGAGCAGAAUGUGUGCGUGGUGCAGGCCGGCGCCUAUAUCUUCAAUACCGAAGCACAUCCCAUGGACAUGUCGGCGCUGCACUGCUGCCACGACUCGAAAGAUGACAUAUUCAACAUGCUCGAUCUGGCGGCAUUUACGCCGCGUGGUCUCUCCGAGCGCAGGAGCAAACAGCGCGUGGCUAAGCAGGAGGCAUGGAAGCCGCAGUGCCAGGCGUCCCAGCCGGGCCAUAGCUUCGAGGCAGCCAGCCAGGCGAGCACAGCCACAAAUGCCAAUGAACGACCCACCACUACCAUGGCCGUGGACAUUGAGGUGUUCGAUGAGUUUCAGCAGCCGGCGGCGGAUGUUCUGGUUAGCAAUUUCGAGCGCAUACGCGAGGAGCGUGAAGACAAUCGAACGGAUCAGAGCAGCGCAGUCAGCCGCAAUCAGUUGACGGUCAGUGAUCUGGACGAUUUCUUUGGGCAGCGACGCGAGCAUUUCGCCAGUGCCCAAGAGACGCUCAGCUAUGUGUUCAACUUCAUGAGCAACUACACCAUGGACGUGGCCUUCAUUCGGGGCCUGCAGCUCUACGAUGGCAACAUCAGCAGCGUCCUGGGCAUAGCCGCUCAGAAGGAGUACGAGAGUCGCAUGCGCUCGCUGUGGCAGCUCUUCGAGCUGGAGCAACAAUAUGCAGUCAAUGUGCGGCUCAUUCGUCGCCUGGGCCUGCUCAAGAUUGAAAACGACAGCGAGCUGUUGCGCAGCUAUUUGUCCAACAUACUGGACACGCUGGAUCACUUCGAGCGGCUGCAGCUGCAGCUCGCCUUCAAUGCGAAUGCCACGGCCGGCACUGGCGCUGGCGAUCGCAACGACAGCGACGUGGAACUGAUACGCAGUGCCAUACACGCUGCGGCUCUGGACUAUGAGCUGGCCAUGCUGAAUACGACGGCCAUGCAGGACUUUAUGUAUCGCGUCUAUUUGAUGGGCACCAACGAGGCGCAGCUGCAGCACUUCCAGCCGCUGCUCAGCGCCGACGAGCUGAGCACGUUGCACGCUGCCGAACUGCAGCCGGCCGAGCAGCGGGAGCUCUUCAAGUACACGCGACGCAUUGUUGACUUUCGCAAGCGCAUGUCCGAGACAGUGGAUCGCCUGCAGACGAUUAUGCAGGAUCUGAAUAAGGCCAAGACGGAGCCGGCAAUAGCAACGACGCCAACGCCAGCGCCAGUGCAGCCAAUUGCAGACAAAGCCACGCCCACCGACACAACAGACCUCGCAGAGAAACAGCAGCAACAGCAGCAGCCGCAGCCGCAGCCGCAACAGACGCCCGAUGAGGAGGGCUCCGUGUGGUCGCAGCUGGUGCAGAAUAUUUUACGGAAAACAACCGUGAAACGGAUUAAAUUCGACGAGGCCGUGCUGCUAGAGAAGACGCGCAAAUCUCUCGAGAAGCACGCCCACAAGCAGUUGUCCUACGAGCUCUUCAGCUGUCGACGGCCGGAGUAUAUCGAAGCGUUCGCCUAUCGUGAAUUCUAUCCGGAUGCGAUGUGAUCUGUUGACUGAUCCUGUAGAUAGUUAGAUAUUACGUAUAA